AUAAGAGCCCUCGCACAUUACGGCCACCAGUCGCCGCCACUAAACGCGACCACCAGUAGUUCGGCUAGACCACUACACGCCGCCACCAGUGGCAGCCACUAGUGGCCGCAUCAAGCCACCAGUGGCUGCCACUUGCGUCAGACACUAGCUGCAAGUAUCUCGACAGAGGUAGACGUGUGUUGCCCAAGAAUGGACGCACUCUUGAUUUCGCUAUUGUUGCUUAUUAUUCUAAAACGUAGAAAACGGCGCCGAAUUCAGAACCAUCGACGACCAAUUCAUCGGCGUCACUGGGUACAUCCAAUUCUGACAUCACGCAAUAAAAAUGGACAGCACAAAUUGCUGUUCGAAGAGUUAAAAUGUUAUCCAGAUAAGUUCUUCAAGUAUUUUAGAAUGAGCGUGAACUCAUUCAAUGAAUUACUUAGCGUUUUGCACGAUGACCUCAAACAUCAAGAUACACGCAUGAGAAAAAGCAUCUCUCCAACAGAAAGGCUGGCUAUAACUUUAAGGUACCUUGCUACUGGUUGUUCAUUUGGUGAUUUUGAAUUAGUAUAUCGAUGUGGUGCGUCAACUGCGAGAUUGAUUGUAAAAGAAACAUGUAAAUUGAUCUAUGCAUCACUUCAAGAUAUCUGCGUACCACAACCAACUGAAGAGAUGUGGAGUAAAAUAGCUAAGGGGUUUGAAGAAUAUGCUAACUUUCCAAAUUGCUGUGGUGCAAUUGAUGGAAAACAUAUAAGGAUUAUUAAGCCUCAAGAUAGCGGAUCCUUAUAUUAUAAUUAUAAACACUAUUUUUCCAUCGUACUUCUAGCUAUCUGUGACGUGAAUUAUAAGUUCACAUUUAUUGAUGUCGGCUCUUAUGGGAAAGCUUCAGAUUCGACUAUCUACAAAGAAUCGAAAUUAUUCAAAAAAUUGGAAGACCAAUCCCUGAAUUUACCUGCACCAAAAGCAAUUUCUAGUAGUUCUGGUCCUGUAAACUACUGUUUUGUUGGUGAUGAAGCUUUUGGUCUUGCAGAACACAUGUUGAGACCUUAUUCAGGAAAACACUUGAAUAUUGAAAAAAGAAUUUUCAACUAUAGGCUUUCUCGAGCCAGGCGUCAUAUCGAGUGUGCCUUUGGGAUAUUAGUGAAUAAGUGGAGAAUACUACAUCGACCAUUGAAUGUGUCAAUAGAUUUCGCCGAAGACAUCGUGAAGGCCUGUUGUAUACUACACAACUUUGUUCGUCAGAGAGAUGGAUUUAAUUUCCAUCAUACAUUGACUGUACCAGGACUUCACGAUAUCGAUAACGCCCACGUGCAAUCUCGUCGUUCAUUAAACACCAGAGAUAUAUUGAAAGAUUAUUUUAUUAGCAACGAGGGAGCUGUACCUUGGCAAAAUAAUAAAAUAUAAUAAAUAUAUAAUAAUAAUGUAAAAUAAAAUUGUUCAAAAACUUACCUGCUUUGUUUUUUUCCGCUACAUUUUUUUCACUAAAAUUUGGAAUAAAUUUUAGGCACAAUUCCUCCCAAGCUUCAGUUUUCUUACCCCUGUCGCUAUACAAAUCUGACUUUAAAUCCCAAAUAGCGGGUCGCUCUUCGACAUCGGAAAUAAAAGCGUCUACAUCAAAAUGAGGAAUCGGAUCCGUGGACAUCAUGCACGUGCAUUCAGUACGCAGCUUACAACAAGACUAGACCCGGGAGACGGGAUUGGGGAGCGGCGCGCAGGGGUGGGAAGAAGCCGGCAACUGUGGCCGUGUAUGCGCACGAGUCGAACGACAAAACGCAGCCACAAGUAGCGAGCGCGCUCGACUCUCGCAGCUUGUGGCUCGGACGCGGCCACUCAAGCGCUCAGUGUGCGCCGAUUCUAUAUAAAAUGUAUGAAGAAACGCGUCCGCAGGUUGUGGCGGCCACUAGUGGCUGAAGCGUGGCCGCCACUAAGUGGCCAGUGUGCGGGGGCUCU